GGGAGUCGGUUGCCGCAAAACAGCUUCCCCGUGAGUAAGCCUGGGCUUCGGCUCCCCGCUUCCCUGAAGGAGUUGGUAGUUUCCGUUCCUUGGGCGAGGCUCCCUCUCGCCAGGGCAGCACCUGAGGCGCGCACGGACUGGGACGCGGCGCUCGGGAGCGUCGGAGGCAGAGCGGGGCGGGCUGCGGAGCCCCGCCGAAGAGCCCAGGGAGCGAGGUGGGCUUGGAAACGAACGAGUCCGGGAGCGCUUAUCCCGCCACCUUCCCCCGCGGAGCGGACCGACUCAGAGUCCGUACAAAGGUUGGGAAAUGGAGACCCAGAGGACGCGUCGGCCGGCCGCGCUGCCCCUGCUGUGGUUCUUGGGCGCUGCCUGGAUUUUAGAUUCUGCCGCUGCGAUGCAGGUCACUGUGCUGAAUCGCUUCAACGUAGUCAUCCUCUUUCAACCUGUGACUCUUCAGUGCAACUAUCAGACCACAGCAACCCAGCCACCUAUCGUCUUGUGGAAAUACAAAUCCUACUGUCGGAGCCGCCUGGCUGAUGCUUUUAACCCCAGCAGCCAGGAGAGCCAGCUCAACAACCAGCUACAAGCAAACAAUCCUGGAUACAACCCUUACGUGGAAUGUCAAGACAACUCCAGGACAGUGCGAGUUGUGGCCACCAAGCAAGGCAACACGGUAACCCUGGGGGAAUUCUACCAGGGCCGGCGCAUCACUAUCACUAAUGAUGCUGACCUCAGCAUAGAGCAGACUGCUUGGGGGGAUAGCGGUGUUUACUAUUGCACCGUGACAUCUUCACAAGACUUGCAAGGCAACAAUGAAGACUACGCUGAACUCAUUGUAUUGGGCAAGUCCUCCGGUGUCUCAGAGCUUUUGCCAGGCUUUCAGAUAGGGCAUAUGGAAGAUUGGGUCUUUGUGGUCUUGGUUGUGCUGGCCUUCUUUCUGGUCUUCCUGCUCCUUGGAAUCUGUUGGUGCCAAUGCUGCCCCCAUACCUGCUGCUGUUAUGUCCGAUGUCCUUGUUGCCCGGAGAAGUGCUGCUGCCCCGAAGCACUCUACCUAGCAGGGAAAGCUGCAACAUCUGGAGUCCCCAGCGUUUACGCGCCCAGUAUUUAUGCCUCCAGCAAUCCGUUGAAGCCAGCUCCCCCAGCCACCAUGAUCCCUAUGGGCCCAAUGUCUCCAAUGUACAAUGGUUAUGGAGUGGAUUAUGAUCGGGCCAGCUCAGUUGGUGGAAACAGCUCCCAGGUGCCCCUCCUGAGGGAUACUGAUAGUGUUGCAAAUGCUGCUGUACGCAGUGGCUAUCGCAUCCAAGCCAACCAGCAGGAUGACUCCAUGCGGGUGCUCUACUACAUGGAGAAGGAGCUGGCCAACUUUGACCCCACCCGCCCAGGGCAGCCCAAUGGGAGGCUUGAGAAAGCCUCUGUGAUGAGUGAACUAAGCUCUCUUCAUGAAGACGAUCGGCGUUACGAGCUGCGGCAGGGGUUGGGGCGGCUGCGUGGCCAGGCCAUGUCUCCCAUCAGUGACCUGGAGGAGGAAAGUGUACGGAGCAGUGAGAACCGGCGCUUGCUGCCCAACACCUGGCGCGACCGUUAUGAGGAUUCCCCACUGCAGAGCUAUGCUCGACGCCCACGUUCCCGCUCGGUGGAUGCUCUAGAUGACUUUGAACGGGACCCCUACCCUUCCCGGCCCAGAAGUCGGGAUCAACACGGCUCAGAUAAUGAAUGGCAUCGCCGGGAUUAUUCCCCUGACUCCCGCAAUGACUCUGAGCGCUACAAUAGACGCCGGAGUCGAAGUAGGGAUGACCUGCGGGACGUGGAGCGAACCUAUUAUGAUAACCGACUCCUGGAGGAAGCACUGCGGAAGAAGCAGCGGGCAGGUAGCCGUGAAGACCUGGAUCAUGGAAGUGCCUCAAGCGGGAGAUCUGGCAACAGGAAAAACCGGGAUGAUGAUAGCGAGGGCUUUCCUCCACCACCACCACCUCCGUACACAGAGACUGAAUCUGUGUCUUCCCGUAGCAAGGAUGACCGCAAGCUGCGAAGGAAUCAUGCUGUCAGCAGAGAAAGCUUGGUGGUUUAAUUCUUUCCACUUGUUUUGGAAUAUGAGAGACUCUGUGUCUUGAAUGGCUUCAGGAACACACUUCAUGUGUCAGCAUCAGUUUUAUUCAGGAGGACCCAGAGAUGAAAUGGUGCAGCAUUUGUGCUGGAUCUAUGCAGCUGUCAGAAGAACAAGUUGACCGCACCAGGUCACCUCUCUGUGUCUUAGCUCAUUUUCAUCACAUACAGGCUAAGAUUCUUCAGAUUCUUAGUAUUACAGACAUUUUUAAAUACAUUUUUGGUACUCCUUUUAAAUUUCAGAGCUAUAUAUUUCUGUACUAUUUUGGAAAGAGGGUCACUUCAAAUGUGAUCCCUUGAUACUGCACAGAGAAAGAAAUUGCUUACUUCAUUGAACACCACAUGGGCGUCUACUGGCCUUUUAUUUUUUUCCCCCCAUACUUUUGAAGAUAAUUCCAAAGAAGACACAUUUAUUUGUGUUACCUUUUUAAUUCUGAUUUUAAAUGAGUUCUUUAAACACAUUUGAUACUUAAGUGGUGUGGCUUUGUGUAGGUAUAAUUUUAGGGCUUUUUAGAACCAGAGUAUAAAACUACUGAUGCUGUAAAUAUUUAAGUGAUAAGCAGCCAUGUUUUUUUUUCAUGACUGUGUUUUUUUUAAAAAUGAGAUUACCGUUUUAUAGGAAUGAAAAUAGAAAUGAGUGGCUCAAAUAUAUCGUCUAGAUUGCAACAUUUUCACAGAGUGGAACAGUUUUACUUCAGUCUUCCCAUCCCUCAUGUCCUCCAGAUGUGUUAGACCACAUCUUGGACAUCUAAGUGUACGUUCUGAAAGUUAUCCACCAUAUUGGAGAAGAUGAAGUUGGAGAAAAUGUGGAUGACUCAUUCUGCUCUUUUCCCUUUAAUAAAUACAGGGCACAACAAAGCAUAGUUUUCUUAUUUCUCCAGAAAAGCCCUGUAUUUUAAUUCAGGAGAGAUAUUUCCUAGAGACACUUAAAAAUGAUGUAGAAUUACAUUAUGUAAGUUUUAUUUGGACUUCUUUAUUAGACUAUGUUCAAACGUUGUCCUGAAAUGUGAUGAAGCAAUAUCAAUUCUCUGACUUCCUGCUUGAGGACAUAUGAAAGGUGUAAAUUUAUUUUAAGUUAACCUAAUUGGCAUGUUCUUAAUGGCUGAAGAUUUUUAUUGGAGAGUUCAUAGACCUGGUUUCUCAACUGGUACCUGUAAUAUUGAAGCUGAUUUAUCACUGGGGAAAUCUCUAUAAUAGAGACACUUUUGCUCUGCCAAAAGGAUAUUUGAAUUGUAGUCUUCUUACACAGAAGUAAGUUUAAUUAAACUUGAUCAGAUUUACUUUGGGGGGUUUACAUUAGAUGUAAUGUAAUGGGAUGAGUGUGAAAAGUGAACGCAGAAAAACGUGAGCAGGGAACAGUGACACGGUUCUUCCUUUGCAGAAAGUGUGCCAAUCCUUUCAUUCCUCUUAGCUGCUUUUUUCUUAUGAGAAUAAAAGGUUGCUUAUGUGUGCUCUGGGAGACAAAUUUUGAGUGGGCAACUUCAGGGAAAAAAAAAAUCUCUUCCUUUUCUUCCCUCCUUUUUCACUCAUGGUUUUAGAUUCCUACAAUUGCUGUUCAUUUUGAAAAUGCUCACGUAUUGCAUGACUGGAUGACUUACAUUCAUCUGUCCUGGAACUUGUAGUUAGGUCCCUCGUUCCAGUUUUACAGAGAGGAAAAUAAAUAGAUGGGUGAUACUUUCAAACUGUCCACCAGGAGGCAGAUGAACAGCUGUUCUUGUGUAGAAGCAAAUAUAGCACAAUGGGAUGUUUCCUGAGUUGUUAACACAAAAUGCCGGCUGUUUACCAGCCAGUCACAAGGGAGAGGCAGGUUGGAUCAACUACGUUUACAUAUCUUGUUGAAUGGCCAUAAAACAAGAAAGGCUAUCCUCACUCAUCGAUGUUUUCACAAUGUAGGGAUAUGUUUUGUGAAUAAAAAGCCGAGACACUCUUCAGUGGUGCCUGGGGUAUUAUUCAUAGCAUAAACAGAGAAAUUCUCAGGUAUGUGUAUUCAUGUAUGUCUGCAAACACUCUUUGCAACUGAGAUUGAUUUUCAGGUAUCAGACAGUAUCAACAGGAAUCAAUACUGGAUCCAUGCUGUGCAAAUAAUGUCAGGCCUGCAUCGCUUGAAAGAUGCUAACUAGUUUUAAAGUAAUCGUCUUACCACGGCGGUCUUCUGCAACCUAGUGCUUUUCAGAUUUGGGGGAUUAUAGCUUCGGUCCUUCCUAGACAAUAUGGGCCAUCUGGAUUGGGACGAUGGGAAUUGCAAUCCAACCCAUCCUUAAAGGCUGCCAGAUACUCUCUGACCACUUGAUCAUUUUGGGGAGGAGGAUGAUGUUCGGGCUGUGUCACAUUUGGACUGGAUGUUAAAGGCUUACGCUGUUGUGUUUGGAAGGCUGGGUAAAUAGCAGGCCUUUUUUUUUUUUUCUUCAAAACAUAAGGUUUUCAGAACCAUCAUGCUAAAGCUUGAAAGUUUAAGUUUUAAUGAAGCGACCUAGUGAACAGCAAGAACAAGAUGCAUUCCAAUAAGGAGGUCUGCAUAUAGCCUCUUGUUCUGUUUUAUUUUUUAUUUAUUUCUUUAUUUCUUUGGGGAUGGAACCCAUGGAUAGUGUAGUGAUGAAGGAACCGGAUUAGAAAUGGGGAGCCUGUGAGUUCUAGUCCUCCUUUAGGCAUAGAAACUGGCCGGGUGUCUUUGGGCCAGUCCUUCUCCCUCAGCCCAACCCACCACACAGGGUGGUGGUUGUGGGGAAAAUCAGAGGCGGGACCGUUAUCUACGCUGCCUUGAAUUGUACAAAAAUAAAGACAGGAUAUAAAUCUAAUAAUAGUAACAACAUAGUUUCA